GCGAUAAACGUGAUCGUAAAAAAGAAGCUGUCAAAAAGGUUAUUGCAAGUAUGACAGUCGGAAAAGAUGUUAGUCAAUUAUUUCCCGAUGUUGUCAAUUGUAUGCAAACAGAUAAUCUCGAAUUAAAAAAACUUGUUUACCUUUAUUUAAUGAAUUAUGCUAAAACACAACCAGAAAUGGCUAUUUUAGCUGUUAAUACAUUUGCAAAAGAUUGUAAUGAUCCAAAUCCAUUAAUUCGUGCGUUAGCUGUACGUACAAUGGGUUGUAUACGUGUAGAAAAAAUAACAGAACAUUUAUGUGAACCAUUACGUAAAUGUUUAAAAGAUGAAGAUCCAUAUGUACGAAAAACAGCUGCUGUUUGUGUAGCAAAAUUAUAUGAUAUUAAUCAACAACUUGUUGAUGAUCAAGGUUUUCUUGAUAUGUUAAGAGAUUUAAUAUCUGAUUCAAAUCCAAUGGUUGUUGCAAAUGCAGUUGCAGCAUUAAGUGAAAUAUCUGAACAAUCACCACAAUCGAAAAUCUUUGAUUUAAAUGGACCUACGAUUAAUAAACUUUUAACAGCACUUAAUGAAUGUACGGAAUGGGGACAAGUUUUUAUACUUGAUGCUAUUGCUAAUUAUUCACCAAAGUUAGAAAUUUCAUUGUGGAGUAAUCGUUAUUAUCUCACAUCUAAUUGUAUAUCUGCUCAAAUGAAAUAA